CAGCGCAGCAGCCGCCCGCGCCAGCAGCAGCAGCAGCAGCAGGAUCCGGCCUCGCUCGGCUUGCUUGCUCUCCGGCUGCCCUCCAGCACCCGGCAGCCCGCAGAGGACGCUCUCCGCGGAGUUCCCCGAGGACCCCCAUCCCCACACCGGCGCCUGCAGGAGGGGAGCGCCGCUCUCAUUCAUCCUCCGGAGGCCACCUUCCUCUGCCCACCCGCCCCCUUUCCUGGCAGCUGGGGAGCCCUCCUCCUCCUCCUCCUCCUCCUCCUCCUCGAAAUGGCCACGAAAAUCGACAAAGAAGCGUGCCGAGAGGCGUACAAUCUGGUGAGAGACGAUGGCUCCGAUGUGAACUGGGUGACAUUUAAGUACGAGGGGUCCACAAUCGUGCCAGGGCACCAUGGAGUCGAUUACGAGGAGUUUAUAAGACAAUGUACAGACGACAUUCGGUUGUUUGGCUUUGUCCGGUUCACCACCGGGGAUGCCAUGAGCAAGCGGGUCAAGUUUGCCCUGAUCACAUGGAUCGGGGAGAGCGUCAGCGGCCUGCAGAGAGCCAAGACGGGCACCGAUAAAACUCUGGUCAAAGAAGUAGUACAGAACUUUGCCAAAGAGUUCGUGAUCAGUGACCACAAGGAACUGGAUGAGGAUUACAUCAAGGGUGAGCUGAAGAAAGCCGGCGGGGCAAAUUACGACGCACAAGCCGAAUAGAACGCACAGUGCCUCCUGGACCGCCUGCCUGGACCGGGAAGGGAAUGGGGUUGGGGGGAAAGCACAACGUAUCUGCAGAAUCAACCCGGGGAGAUGAGCCAAGGCAAGAGAGAGGACGACGCAGCACUGCCAUCCCGUGCUCCUUCGAAGUCCCUUCCUGUCUCCCCAAGUGGACCUUGAUUUCUCAUGCCAUCCAAUGAAACAGCUCCUUCUUAUACAAUCUCUCCUGCUUACUCUUUUGUUUUGUUUUUUUAAACUUUCUGUCUUUCUCUUUUAACCAUUGUCCAUGGGUAUUUGGCUCCCAAAGCACAUGUCGACAUGUUCUGUAGACGUUCCGUUCUUGCGCUUGGGCAGAUCCGCGGUUGCUCUGGAAAGCCGGCCGUAAGCACACUUGACUUCCAAACAGCCAGGAAGGCAGAAUGGCUCCCAGGAAUGAUGCAUGCAGAGUUAAUGAUGCAUGCAGAGGAUUGGUGUGACCCAAUCCUGGGCAUGCUUGCUUGGAAGUAAAGCCUGCUGAGCUCAUUGAGGCUUGCUUCCAAAGAAGCGUGCAUAGGACUGUGGCCUCAAUUACAGCACAAUUCCACACAUAUAUGCUCAGAACAAUGUCCCAUUGAGUUCAGUGGGGGUUUACUUCCAAAAAUGUGCACACAGGGAUGCAGCUUUAUAGCACAAUCCUAGAUUAUUUACUCAAAAGUAACAUCCUCUGCGUUCAUUCGCUGACUCCAAAAUUAAGUAUAUGUCAACGUAUAUACAUUGGCUGCAAUCCUAUGACACUUAGGGAGCGGCCUUAUACUGAGUCAGACCCUUGGUCCAUCUAGCUCAGCAUUGUCUUCACUGACUGGCAGCGGCUUCUCCAGAGUUUCAGGCAGGCCCUUCCCUGCCCUACCUGGCUUGAACCUGGGACCUUCUGCAUGCAAAGCAGAUGCUCUACCACUGAGCUUAAGCCCAGCCUCAUUUUACCUGGGAAUAAACUCAAUUGAACCACUGGGAGUUAUUUCUGAUUGGUGCAUAGGGAGGAUUGUGCUAUUAGUUACUUGGCUUGCCAAACAGUAUUUUCAGAAAGCUUCGGGACUGGCACCAUGGGUCAGCCCUGUUGGGCAGCUGCCAGGGCCCCGGGGCCCCCCAGAAGGGCCUACGGCUGAUCCUGAUACCAUUUCUGUGCUCAGAGCCUUUGUAUCGUGGUGGAGGAACACUCUCAGGGCCCAUCCAGGUAGAAGGGGUUGCAGGGCUGUGCCAAGGGCCACCCAAAACCUGACAUCAGCCCUGGAAAACAGGCCAUGUUGAGUUCCACAGUGCUAACAUGAGCGCAAGCCAACACCAGUAAAAAUCAGACGUGAGCUGGACGAUCCCGCCGCGAGAAGGUUAAUUGGUAGAUGGGAAGGAAAGCGAAGUUGUCUGUCAGUUCUCAAAAGAGCAGGAAAGAAUAUCAUUUGCCUUAACAGAAAUGCUUGGCUGUGUGCUACGUGGUAUGUUUUCUCCCUCUUCUUCUUCUUCUUUUUUUUUUAAAGAAGUGCUUUUUCUUUCUAUUUGACUUAAAAAUUAAAAAUCAGUGGUAUGGUAACCGCAGGAAACCGUGUGGGGAUGGGGAGAAGCAAACUCUCUGAUCAUUUGAUUGUACUGUUUUGUACAUUUUUACAAAGAAAUCUCUGCGUUGGUUUUGAAUGUUGUCGUGUGCAGGAUUAUUGCUCACAGGGAAAUGCAUCAUAGCGCCGGUUGCACGGUGGAGUGCUGUCGCUGGGCAACGGCGGUGAUUUCAAUGGGACUCGCGGGGGAAUGAAUGGAAGGCGUUUGGGCAGACAGGACCCUUUUGAUCUGCAGUUUGGGGUCUGUGAAGCCUGAGACGGACGGUGACGUCUGUACAGCAAAUGUAAACCAGUCUCGAACCCUGUUGCAUGGCCUCCCAGCAAAGGGACCUUGGGGGUUGUCAUUCGGGCUGCGGGAGGCUAGCCUGGUAGCAGAAUGGGGCACCCUUCGGCUACAGCUGGGGCUCCAGCGUUCCGGGAGGAUCGGCCUGCCCUUAAGUCCCUUAGGGAUAUUUGGGUCCGCCCGCCAUUUUGCUGGUGGCUACCAUUUUCUUAAACCAUGUCCCACAAUGGCAUUGAUGCUAGGGCCAUUAUGGGGGGGGGAUAUGGCCACCAUUAGUGCAAAAAGGACCCCCUUUUGCUGACCAGGUAAGCCCUCUACAAGUCCUGGGGGGCUGACCCAUGGAGGAAGGAGGCAGUCUACCAAGGGGUCCCUCAGACUUGGAUCUGGUCUGCCUAAAUCCCCCUGUAACAUCAGAAAUUCCAGGACCCUUUGCUUGGGAGAAGCCAUGCCAACUGAGUGACUUUCCGACCUGGUUUGGAUUUGGGGUAUAGAUGAGCGCAGAGCCUGAGAGAGGCUUCUCUUGUGAUCCCGUUUGAAUCACCCCAAAAUUAGGAAGCAAAAGGGGUUCGAAUCAACUGGAGCAAAACCGGCUCUCAACAUCCAGAGGUCUCAAAGUAACAUUGCUGCUGUUUUGUUCAUCACAAAAGGAAGACUGCUGUACCAGAGGCCCAUGUCCCCACCUCCCCCGUCCAUAAGGGUAACCAACAAGGUUGUGACUGGGGGGGAAUUGUGCUAUUUUGAGGGUGGGGAGAAUGUCAUCUUGAAUAAAAUAAAAAGGCCUGUUUCCCCCGCC